AUGACCGUUACCAUUACUGUUAGCAUCACUGUUACUGUUACCUUUACCGUUACCGUUACUUUUAUCAUCAUCAUUGUUACCGUUACUGAUACCAUUAUCGUCACUAUUAUUAUCAAUAUCAUCGUUAGUGUCACUGUUGCCAUUAUCAUCACUGUUAUCAUUACCGUCAUCAUAAUUGUGAUCAUUAUCGUCACCAUUAUAGUUACCGUGAUCGUGACCGUUAUUGUUAAAGUUACCGUCACCGUCACCGUCACAAUUAUCGUUAGCAUUACCGUUACCAUCACCGUCACCGUCAUAGUCACCAUCAUAGUCACCAAUACCGUUAACGUCAUUGUUACUGUUACUAUCACUAUUACCAUCACUAUUACAGUCAACGUCACCGUUAUCGUUACCGUCACCAUCACCGUUACCCUUACCAUCACCUUUACAAUUAUCGUCACCGUUAUCGUUAUCGUUACAGCUACCAUUACUAUCUGUGAUACCGUUAUCAUGAUCGUUAACGUCACCGUCACUGUAACUAUUACCAUAAUUGUUAUCAUCACUAUCAUCGUUAGCAUUAUCGUCACCAUUACAGUCACCGUUAGUGUUACCGUCUCUAUUACCAUCACCGUUACCGUUAUCGUGACUGUUACCGUAACCGUUACCAUCACCAUUACUGUCAUCAUUACCUUGACCGUGACUAUCACUGUAACCGUUAUCGUUACCAUCACCGUGGUCACUGUUUCAAUCAUCGUGUUCGUUACCGUUACCAUGACUAUUACCAUUACCAUUACUGUUACUAUUAACGUCAUCGUUACAGUAAUCAUUACUGUUACCGUCAUUGUCACCGUAACCAAUAUCGUCACCAUGAAUGUGACUAUUACUGUGACUGUGAUAAUUACCGUCACAUUACUAACACCGUCACCGUAA